AUGAUUAGAGAGGGAACUUAUGGAGCAUAUAAAGAACGAAUAAGAACUGAACAACUUGGAAGUAUUAGUCAGAAUGUGCAUGAUUUUUCGGAUUUCGAAUAUUUGGGAAAUAUAACAAUUGGAACACCAGAUCAAUCAUUUCAAGUUGUUUUGGAUACUGGAAGUGCCAAUUUAUGGAUUCCUGGAACAAAUUGUAUAACAAAUUGUGAUAAAAAACGGAAAUUCAACUCGAGUGCUUCUGAAACUUUUGUGAAGAAUGGUCAAAAUUGGCAAAUUCAAUAUGGAAGUGGAAGUGCGUCUGGAAUUCUUGGAAAAGAUACUGUAAAAAUUGGGGCGACUGGUGAACAACAACUCGCAAUUCCGAAAACAACAUUUGGAAUUGCUGAUAAAGUAUCUGCUGAUUUCAAAUCUGAUGUUUCUGAAGGUAUUUUCGGUUUAGCUUUCACAACAUUGUCUGUCAAUGGAAUCACGCCGCCACUAAUCAAUGCGAUAAAUCAAAAUUUGUUAGAUCAACCAUUAUUCAGUGUGUUCUUAGAAAAACGUGGAAAUCUUCAAGAUGUCGGAGGAGGUGUUUUUACUUAUGGAGCUGUUGAUAACACCAAUUGUGGAGAUAUUAUUGCAUAUCAACCGCUUUCUUCUGCCACAUAUUUUCAAUUCAAAGCAACGAGAUUCCGAUUAGGAAAAUAUUUGAAUGCUAAAGUUGUUGAUGUUAUUUCUGAUACUGGAACUUCUUUAUUGGGUGGACCACCACCAGUUAUUCAAGAAAUGGCAAUACAAGCAAAAGCUGAGGUGAGAGUUUUCGAAUUUUUAAUCAAAUUAUUCUUGUAAAUGUUUUUUAUUCAGUACGAUUUCAUCGAUGGAGUUUAUUUAAUUGAUUGUGAUGCAAAUCCAGGACCAUUGGGAUUAACGAUUGGUUCACAUGCGUAUGAAAUUGAUAUUUCAAAUUAUAUAUUAGAUGCCGGAAACGGCAAUUGUAUUCUCGGUAUUUUCGCUUUUGAUUUUGGUGGAUUUGGACCUGCAUGGAUUUUGGGUGACCCAUUUAUUCGACAAUAUUGCAAUAUUUAUGACCUUGGAAAUUUAAGAAUUGGUUUUGCUCCAUCAUUACAAAAAACAUAAAAUUAUUUUAUUUUUAUUACGUGCUCUAUUUUUUAAAAAUUUAUAACACCAGCAAAUGUGCACAUAAUGCCAUUUCUAGAAAUGAAUUGUUUGAAUCUGUAUAAUCUGCUCGUGUUUUUAUUAAUUGCUAGACUUGGAUUACUUGAAUGCCGCCUUUUGAAUGACAUAGCUGAUGAGAAUGAGAGAAUUCGAAGCCUUGAAAAAUUGAUUGCUAAACAUGACUUGAGACAAUUAGCAUUUUAUAAUCCAGGAAGAGUGAGUUCUAUUUGGGAAAAAUGAGAUAUAAACAAUAUUUUUGUUACAGAUGAUAAAAGCCGAAGUUAUUGAAACCGAUUUCAAUCCAAGUGUAGAUAUCAAAACAAUGUUGAAGGCUGCAUUGGAUAAGAGAGCUAAAGAGGUUCAAGAGGAAUUUAAUAAGAAACAAUAA